CCGGAUCCAAAUCUGAUUCACAAACACGGACGCGCCUCUACCAAAGUCCUUCUGCCUCUACUGUCAAAAUGCGGCUCCGCGACACACCCGUAUCGGAUACGCAGACGCGGACGCGCCAUCAUUCCAACGGACGCACGGCCAGCACAGCAUAAUUUUGAGCUCGCAAAUAUGCCUUUCAACCUCAUCUCCUUCACCGCCACGAACGACAUCGCUGUGGUGCCAGACAGCUGGUGUGACGAUGGGGAGGUGUCCUGGCCAAGUUUCAAAAGCUCUGACCGAAUUAAAAGAGCUGUGGCUAACUGUGAGGAGCCAGAGCCAAACUGGCUCCAAUACGAUAUGCGGGUCAUCAAAAGCUGUGCCCACUAUAAGGAUGCUGAGGCGAUGCUCGGGUCCUAUGGGGAAGGCUGCAACACUUCCGAGCUGCAGACGGAUGCAGAGCUGGAGACAUGUCUGCCAUCUAAGCGUCCUAGGAGGGCAGUCCAUCGUUUUGGAGAUGACACCUCCAGCGAUGAGGACAUGGGGGCACCUGAAGGUGUGUCCCAGCUUCAAAGCUCCCCUAUCAUCCGAGGAACUGCUUCGAAGCAGAGGAUGACUCAUGGAACAGCACCAGCACCCGCACUCUCACCACCUCCUGAAGCGCCAAGAUCCAGCGUAGCAAGGCAUGGAGGAAUAAACCAUGAUGCCCCCUGCUCUGGUGUGUCCCAGCUUCAAAGCUCCCCUAUCAUCCGAGGAACUGCUUCGAAGCAGAGGAUGACUCAUGGAACAGCACCAGCACCCGCACUCUCACCACCUCCUGAAGCGCCAAGAUCCAGCGUAGCAAGGCAUGGAGGAAUGAACCAUGAUGCCCCCUGCUCUGCGUUUGAGGUCCAGAAAUUGACGCUGCUCCAGAAAAUCGUUCACCAGAACGAGCAGAUUCUGGCUAAAUUGGAUUUCCUGGCAAGCCGCCAAAAUUGCCCCACGCCAGAGAUGACAGGACCUGAGAUUUCCAACGUUCAAUUUCCCCUGGAGGACCUACAGGCAGUAGAUGCCUUUGAAGAUCUACUUAAAGACCAGGCCAAUGCCUCCACUCGACAGCAAAUUAUAUCUUCUUUAUCGAUAAUCGGAGGCCAGGACCUGAAGAGGAUAACCUGGAACAUCCUUGGUCGAAUAUUCGGGGUUGCUGUGGCCCACCAGAUAAACUGGAAGGGGGUGAAUUCAAAGAGGGCUUUCAGCCGGAUGGCCAUUAGGCCUCUUCUUUUCUGUGCCGUGAGGAAAAACCCAAUUGCCUGCAAGUCUGCAAUGGACGAAGACAUCAGCAAGCACGCCAUACGUUGGUUUAAUUUAGCUGGGGAUCGGGCCACCAGGAAGGCGAAAGAGAUCAACAAACAUUAAAUACAAUACAUUAAAUACAACAGUUAUCAUUUGUCGGGUUAUUUUUUUGUAGGCUAUUAGCCUAAAAUGUGGCUUUUGCAGUUCAAGACAAGUGUGUUUUCUGCCAAAUUAGAAUGUAAUACAAAGCCUGUUUGAAACAAAUGCUUAACUGGUUUAGUUUAUUAGGAUUACCCUUAAUAAGAAAGUAAGUUCAUUAACACGGAUCCAAAACGGUCCCGGCCCGGAACAUUUAUGAGUCCGGAAUGGGUCCGUAGCUGAUACAAAAUAGUGGGUCCGUGACGGAUGCAGUACGCGGACACGAAAUGAGUCCGUCUCGGAUGUCGCGGGUCCGAACCGUGCCCGUUACGGAGGUGAGCUUUUGAGCGCGGAUCCGUUACGGGUGAUAUACGGGUCCUUUUUGGGUCCGCGCAACGCCUCCGCGGCGGAUGAUACGCGGCGUGCAAGUGGACGCCGAUACGGAUCAGUUUGGCGGAUCCGUUCCGGAGGACGACCUCCGGAGGAUGAACUCCGGGGCGGAUCCACCGCGGAGUAUUUUUGCUGUGUGGGUUAUUAACACCG